AUGCAUUCAGAAGAGCAUGGAAGCCUCGAAAUUAUUAAACAUACAGAAAUAGGCAGCAAGGAAAACAAAGAUAUAGCUGAAAUUUGUAUAGAAAUUUAUGAUAACCCAGAAAUAAACGCAAAGCUUGAAAGCUUGAAAAAUAUUGAAAAUCCCUCUAUAAAUCCUAAUGACAUAGAAUUUGAAUUAGAAGAAUUCGACUCCAAAAAAGACGACUCCACAAGGGCAAACUUCCAAAGCACAAGCUCUGAAAAAUUCGCUGACUUAGAGCAGCAAAACUUUCUACAGAGAAAAAAUACAAAAGAUCUGAAUAAAAGUGAAACCAUUAUUGCUCUAAAAAUAGAAGAAAAUGAGCAGCUUGAAAAUGAAGAGCCAGAACCUCCUCUUCUUUUAAAAGUAAAUUCUGAGCAACCAAGAAAAAUAAAACUUAUCCCUAAAAUAGAAGUAGCCUAUAUAAAUUUAUCAUUAAUUUUGUUUUAAAAAUAAUAUUUAAUUCUAUAUUCAGUUAUUUUUAAUAUAAAUUUUGAGAGAGAAAAUUUUACUGAAUAUAACGAGAGAAAAUCAGAAAGUCUGCUACUUGGGAUUUCUCCAAGAAGGACAAAAUCAAAUAAAGGAGCAUCAUUAACAAUUGAAGUCGAAAAAAAAUCAAGAUCAAGCUCAAAAGAAGCUAAUCGCUCAAAAAAUUCGACUUUGCAUGACAAUUCUGCAUUUAUGACUCCACGAGGAGAAAUGUCAGCUGAUUCAGAUAUAGAGGAUUAUAUAGAAAGGAUGAAUUCAUGUAAGUCUCAGCUUUCAACUUUUUCUAGGAGGCAUAGCAAUUCCAACCUUGCACAGACAAAACUUCUAACUACAGAGCUUUCUGUAGUAAAUGAGGUUGAAAUUUUGCUUCCUGAUGCUUAUCCAAUGCCAGAAGUAGAAAGUAUUCAUUCGCAAAUGGAAUCUCCAUCAAAAUUCUUUUCGCCAAUUAGCCCGCAGUCUUUAUUUUCUUUAGAGCCUCGGCAUAAUAAAAUAGACUCUCAAAGAAAUUCUAUUGAAAGGUCACCAUUUAUAAACCCAAUUGCUCUCAGAGAAGGUCCUGAUAUUGAAAUGCCUAGCUCUAACUCUAUUAAUAGUAAAUUACAAGAAUUUUAUAUUAAAAUUUAUAGGUAAAAAAUGUGUUAUUAACGAGGGAAGUAAGCAAUUUGAAGAGACUGAGCCUUUAAAUGUAACAGCACUAGGGAGAAGUGAUGACUUAUACUACACCUAUAAAGGAGUAAUUGAUAGGAUGAUAAAUCCUAUCAAAGAUUCAAUUCCUGAAGAAAAACAAAGCUCGAAAUUUUGCUUGUCUAGAUUUUUUUGCUGCUGUAAGAAAAAUUCAAAGUUUUGUCCAUCAAAAUCGCAGAAAAAAGAAAUUUGCUCAUUAAGAAAAAUUGCAAAAUUGAGAUUUAAUAUUUACAAUUAUUUCCAUAAAAAAAUAUUAAUGAGUGUUCAUCACUCUAUUACGAAAAAAGUUUCAGUUUCUGCUGAAGACUGGAUUUAUUUAUUCCCUUUAAAUUAGAAUAAAAAUUCUGUUAUUUUGAAAAAAAAUUAAAAAAAAAUUAAAUAAUAAUUAGAACGAUAUUUUUGAAUGCUAAUUUAAUUUUACAGAGAACUAAAUUAGAAUAUUAAUCAAUUCUGUGCUUAAAGUGUUAAAAUAGUAUUACUUGCGCUCUUCCCAUUAAAACUAAUUCUAUGAAAAUUAUUAUUUUCACCUAUAAAAAUUUCGAAUUUUUUUCCAAUUGAAACGCUUAAUUUACCCAAUGGAUAUUUUGUUCCAAUGAGUUAGGUUUUGGAUCCACUGUAAUAACAAAAGAGCUAGAAAAAGAAUGCUCCUUAUUAGGGCUUACAUUAAUGCUAUUCUUAUGUGAAAAUCAUCAGUUUGAAUUUGACUUAAUUCUUGCCGCUCAAAAGCGGCUAAAAAACAGAAUUGAAAUCGGGAAUCUUGCUAUAAAAAUAAUCACAAUCAGCCUAUGAGCUUUAAAAAAGAGAAUUCUCAAUAAAAUAAUUGUCGAGUCUUCUGAAAAAAUAAGCGAUCUGUUUUUUUCUAUCAGCGCAGGAAUGAUGCUUUACUGAUACGAUAAUUAUUGUAAAUUUAAUAUGACUCUUGCCCCUCUUGAUAAAGUCAUAAAAGAGCUUAAAUCUCUUUUAAACAAGGACCCAUCAAUCUUUUUAGCAAGAUUUAAGCAAAAACACUCUGAUGCAAAUAAUAAAGCCGAAACUUUAAACACUGCUUAA